AUGGCAUCAAAAAGAAUUUACAAAGAACGAAAAUUGUUAAAAGAAUCUCCAAUUAUACAAUCAUAUUUUCAAUAUGAUAAUUCUCAAGAAGAUGACGCUUUUGAUCCGUUUGUCAUGUAUGGAUAUAUAUUACCACAUAGAGUACCAUAUAAAUAUGGCUCAUUUAAAGUAAUGAUUAAAUUUCCGAUCGAUUAUCCGUUCAAGCCACCGAAAUUUUAUUUGUUAACGCAUAUUUAUCAUCCAAUUGUAAGCAGCAGCGUUUCAAAUCCGCAUAUCUGCGGAGACUGUACGUGUUUCCAAUGGCAUCCACGUAAUACUGUCUUCGAUUUAAUUAAGCAUAUUGUAAAUGCAAUUGAUCGACCAGAACAUCGAGAACUAUAUUGCAUCAAUAAUGUAGAAGCUCAUAAACUCUUUGCUGAAAAUAGAACUGAAUUUGAAACUAUAGCUUUGAAUAUGGUGAAGAAAUAUGCUCGUCCACGUGUAUGUUUAUCAAUUAUUUCAUUGAAACUGACAAUAAAAACAAUGAUACUUGUGAAAUUAAAUUUUGAUUCGACAAAAAUCGAUCAAUUGCCAGUAUCCAAGUCUCUGAUACAAUAUCUGAAAUCAGCAUCGCCACAAUGA